AUGCUGCAAUAUAUUGAGCUAAAUGACUUACCGUCUAUUGGGUCUGGGAAUGAUAAAAGAAUAUGGGCAGCUGACUUAACUGGAAAGUUCACAGUUGCUAAUGUUGUACAACAGAUAAGAGAGAAAUACCAGCAGGUCAAUUGGGCUAAAUAUGUAUGGAGCCCUUAUAUCCAUCCAUACACAUCAUGUAAUGUGUGGAAAAUGCUCAGAGGAGCAUGUGCAACUGAAGAAAAUAUCAGGAAAAAGGGUUUCAAUACAGUCUCCAAGUGCUACUUAUGUGGUAAUGGACAAGACAACAUGGAGCACAUCCUAUGGGAGUGUUCAUUCAGUCUGGAGAUUUGGAACUUGCUUGUAGGUAUGUUCAGUCUCAAUACUCCCACCAAAUUUGAUGAAGUUAUUACAUGUGUUAAAAAACAUAGUCCUGCCAUAAGACAUAUAUGGUAUAUCAGUGCUUUUUCUAUGAUGGCGGAGUUAUGGAUGACAAGAAACUUGAGAAUUGAUUAA